GUUUUAUCUUGAAUGCCUACCAUUUUAGUAAAGAAGAAACUAUAUCAAGGUGCAAUGGAGAAAUAUAAUGUUGCAAUCUUGUUGCUUUGGGUGUUCAUUGCAUUGUGUAACAUACUUGAAUUGAAAGUUGAAGCAAAAGCAUCAUCACAUUUUGAAAGAGAAAUCGAAGCCAAAUUAAAGCUCCUCAACAAGCCUGCAGUGAAAUCCAUUAAGAGCGAAGAUGGAGAUAUCAUUGAUUGCAUCGAUAUCUACAAACAACUUGCUUUUGAUCAUCCAACUUUAAAAAAUCACACUAUUAAGAGAGUACCUGAUUUUGUUCUUGAAUCCGAAAGUCCAAGCAGGGAAAAUAGUUUGAACGCAAGCAGUGAUGUGUUUCAAACAUGGCAAAAAAGUGGAAGUUGUCCGGAAGGAACUGUCCCUAUUAGGAGAAUUCUUAAGGAAGAUUUGUUGAGAGUUUCUUCACUUGAUCGCUUUGGACAAAAACCCAUUGAACCAUUUUUCAAUUCAACAAAUAUAUCAAACCUUAAUUUCUCCAACCUCACUGCCAAUGAUGGUCAAGUUAAUUUGAUAAAUCGCUCGGAUGCGCAUCUUGUGGCAUACGGAUUCAAUUUUAUAGGCGCACAAGCAAGUAUUAAUGUUUGGAAUCCAAAUGUUGAACGCGAAGAGGAUUUCACUACUGCUCAAAUGUGGCUUAAGACAAACAAUGGUCCUAAUUUUGAAAGUAUUGAAUCCGGAUGGAUGGUUAAUCCAAAAUUGUAUGGCGACCACAAUACUCGAUUAUUUGUCUAUUGGACUAAAGAUUCUUACAAUUCAACCGGUUGUUUUGAUCUUACAUGUCAAGGUUUUGUGCAAACAAACAAAGACAUAGUGCUUGGUGGUACCCUAGGACCUAUUUCAUCCCCUUUUAAGCAACAGUAUGAAUUCAACGUUGGAAUAUUUUGGGAUAAUGAGGGGAACUGGUGGCUCAAAGUGAUGAAUAGCAUCCCCGUAGGAUAUUGGCCAGCUGAGUUUUUGGGUGGUUUAAAACACAGUGCCACAUUGAUUCAAUGGGGUGGACAAGUGUUUAGUUAUGCGGUCAAAACAGAUCCUCCUCACACUGGAACACAGAUGGGUAGUGGAAGUGAAGCAAAUGGUCGAUUUGGUGUCGCAUGUUACAUGAGUAAUGUGAGAAUUAAAGAUUAUUCACAAUCUCUUAAAUAUCCACAAUUUGUAAGUACACAUGCUGCAGAACCAUAUUGUUACAAUACUCUCAAUGAUGCUCCAUAUGGAAAAGACCCUGUAUUCUAUUUUGGAGGGGCAGGACGAAAGCCUCCUUAUUGUCCUUGAACCCACAUUAAAAACCAUAUAACUGUAUAUUGAUUGUAUUUGAUGAAUAAUAGAUAAACAUAUAUUUCUCCA